AUGUCUGCUCAUCAGGCCGCUACAACCAAUGGAACAGCGGCCAAGCCGCUCAAGGUCUUGAUCGCCGGUGCUGGAAUCGGAGGCCUUUCCGCUGCCAUAGCUCUGCGCGCGGCAGGGCAUGACGUAGAGAUUUUCGAGUCCAGUCGCUUUGCGGCUGAGCUUGGGGCUGCAAUCCACCUACCACCCAAUGUCAAUGGUGUGUUGCGACGCUUUGGCUUAAAGCCCGAAACCUGGGGAGCCAACGACACGGAAUGGGUCACUGUUUUGGACUCCCAAGGCAAUGUGAUCAGUCGGAAGAAUGUGUCAGGUAUCAAAGAGCAAUAUCGCUGGCCAUGGCAGCUUAGCCACCGCGUUGAUCUGCAUGAGGCUCUCAAAGUAACUGCAAUGUCACCCGACCUUUCGGGGAAUCCCGCAAAGCUCCACUUGCGAAGCAGAGUUGUUUCCUGCGAUCCUUCCAAGGGAACAAUCACGCUCGAAGGUGGACAUAUCCAUAAGGGUGAUCUCAUUAUAGCAGCUGAUGGCGUCCAUUCGACACUUCGUCCAAUCAUUAGUCGUGAAAACAUUCCUACCUUUCCGUCGGGUGGAUGCGCUUUUCGGUUUCUGGUGCCAAUUGCGAAAGCCAAAGCCAACCCAGUCACUGCUCCUCUGGUGGACAGAACCGGCGAUUUCCAAAUUUGGGAAGGAAAGAAUCGUAGACUGGUUAUAUACCCUUGCCGAGAUAAUACUGAACUCAACUUCGUCUGUCUCCACCCAGACGGCGAAAGCCAAGACAGUACUGAAGGCUGGAACAACGCCUCUACAACCGAACAUGUGCUUGACGUAUUCGAUGAGUAUUGUCAGCCGAUGAAGACACUUUUGAGCAUGGCAGACCCCUCAACUAUAAAACUCUGGAGACUGUGGGACCGAAGAGCUCUGAAUACUUGGGUCUGUGACUCUGCAGCUCUGCUUGGCGAUGCCGCACAUCCAUUCCUGCCUCACCAAGGUCAAGGUGGUGCUCAAGCUAUUGAGGAUGGAGCAGCCUUGGGUGCUCUGUUUCCUCUUGGUACCACGCCUUCAGAGGUCCCUGGGUGCUUGAAACUCUACAUGAAAGCAAGAUACGAGAGAGCUACUAUGGUUCAAAACUUUUCUCGACAGAUGGCAUUCCAGACGAGUGAUGAAGACGAGGUUGGUGGGUUCAGUAUGAAUCCGAUGGAGUUUUCAGCCAAGAACUUUGAUCAUGAUGCUUUUAAGCAUGCACAGCAGCUUCUCGAUUAG